UAACAUUGACACUUGACAUUUCUUAGCACAAUCGUACACUUUUAAGGUUAUUUUGUCUACGAAAAAAUGUAAAUAAAACCUCAAAAUGCCCUUAAUUAUAAUAUGUGGAACACCAGUAAGUGGUAAAACAAGUAGAACAAACGAACUGAAAGAGUUUUUCGAGAAAAAACAUGGGAAACAUGUUGAUGUUGUAUCCGAAGAAGAAGCAAUAGUAAGUUUAGGAUAUGAAAAGAAUUCCACGUACUUGGACUCACAGAAGGAGAAAAGAGUUAGAGGACAUCUGAAGUCGGAGGUUAUUAGACUAAUAGGGAAAGACAGUGUUGUCAUUUUAGAUGGUAGCAAUUAUAUCAAAGGCUAUCGCUAUGAACUGUAUUGUGCAUCAAAGGCUUGUAAAUCGACACAGUGCACAAUUUAUACAAUACGCAAUCAUGAUGAAGCAUGGGAAGAUAAUGAGAAAUUAUUAAAUAAUUCUAAUAAAAACGAAGACGAUGUGCCAGGGGAUAAUAGUUCAAUACACAAACAACCAGUAGCAUAUACUGAAGAAGUAUUCAAUGCAUUGACUAAAUUUAGAUUUGAAGAACCAAACUCAAAUCACAGAUGGGACAGUCCAUUGUUUACAGUUCAGCCAACUGACAACCUAGAUUUAGAUGCUAUUUACAGUGUUCUGUUUGAGAAGAAGCCACCUCCGCCAAAUAUGAGCACUCAAAAUCCACCACUUAGUUCUACAAACUUCCUUUAUGAAUUGGACAAAGUGACACAAUCAAUAUCUAAACAGAUUUUAGAUGCUAAACAACUAAAUAUGGAUGAAGUAAGAUUCCCUGACUAUCCGGGUUGCUUGUUAGAAGCUGGAUUUGUUCAAAAUGUUAACCCUCAGAAACUGCUAAGGUUAAGAAGACAAUUUUUAACAUAUGCAAAAAUGAGUCAUUCAAAUGAAGAAACAAAUAAAAUUGGAAGAUACUUUAUACAAUAUUUAAAUAAAACACUUACAGAUUAAUAUCUUAUUUAUUUUAUAAACUGUAUACAACUAUACUUUAAUAGGUUUGACAAAUUAUUAAAGAGGGUAGUCAGUCAGAUUACAAUUAUAUGCAAAUAAAAUUGUAAAUAUGUAAUGUUUCACUAUUACCACUUUUUAAUGUCUUUUAGUGCAACAGACAAAAAGCUAAUAAUUAUUAUGAUUUGUACCCAUAGAUAAUUAUAUAUUCCCAGGAGAUAAGUGACAAUUAUUAUAUUAUAUGUACUUUUAUAUGAAUCAACAGUUUAUAAAACAUAGGCCAGGCCAAGAUUAAAUGGAAACUAAUCACAGAUUUGAGAUCUUUAUCCCAUACCUUAGAGGUAAAGAAAUAUUGUCAAAGGCCUUCCUAGCUAAAACUCCGGGCUAACACAACUAUAACAUUCUACAAGGAAACAUAGACAUGAAUGUUUAACAUAUUUUCAAUAUCUAUGACAUUUUACCAAUAACAUAAAACAAACAUUUGAAUUUAUUAGAACCACAUCAUGAAAAAGUCUACCAGCAUAAAUCUAAGAACCAACAAGCAUAUGAUUGGCUGUGCACGUGUCACGUGAUUUCCGACACUUGUGAUUGGUUGUUUAUUUAGUCGCAACGAAUCUUAACCAAUCCGCGUCAUGCAAAUAUUUGGAAACGCGCUCACGUUGCUUACGAUCUCUGCCUGUAACUAGUUUUCAUUUUUAGUGUUGGUACUUUAACUUUCCUUGUACAACCUUUUUGUAACAAUCAAUGUUUUGAAUUAUGUUUACUAGUAAAUUAUUAAUAAACAUAGAAAAAAUACAGAGUAUAAAAAAGUUUACAGCCUACUUAAUGCCCAGGUACUUGAGCGGUUAUUUAAAGACACCCUACUAGCUAUGUUUGCUUCGGACAAAAUCUUUUUGAGCCUUAAAAAAAAAUCAGUUCUUAUUGGCACACAGUAGUUAUUGGAGUACCAA